AUGGCGGACUCGGCUACUCCAAUCAUCUAUACCGAAAACCCUUUUGUACUGUUCCUUAAAGACUUUGGACUAUUCUUCACCAACCUGUUUACAGAUGGAGGCUUACUGGGAAUUGUACUCCCCCUGAAUACAUCGCAUGCAACAAACCUGGACGAACUUUACCAGUCAUGGCAAAACGCCUGGGCAGUUGUUUUGCACGUGUUCUUAGUGAUCGCACAGCUUUUUUUUCUUGCCUCUCUCCUUCCACUGUCCAUUGUUACUCCUCUCCCGAUAUUGUACUUCAUCUAUGUUGUGGGUGUCGUCAUUGGCAAUCGAUACUUUACGAUCCUGCUGAACGGCAGGAGAAAGCCCGGUCUUUUCAAGUCCAAUGACGAAUACGUGCGAGGCAGGAAAGUAGACGAGCAUGAAAAAUGGGUCUUUAUCAAUGGAGUUGCAGUUGGCAAAACCUGGUUGCAAGCAAACCUAGACAAAUUGGCGUUGACCUUUAGACGACCAAUCUAUGGCAUUCAUAACCAAACGCGCGGCAUUAUAUUCGAUGUGCUCGAAUCUAUCAUCCAACGCGACUUGAGCUAUGCAACAUUGGACAUUCGUCAAGGAUAUUCUGCAUUGUUCUCAAUCCUCAACGACACAAACGUCCACAAAGUGGUGCUAAUUCUGCACAGUCAAGGGGCCAUUGAAGGUGGCAUGGCACUGGAUUGGCUAUAUGCAACGAUAUCUGCCACUCAGCUGUCUAAACUUGAAAUAUAUACUUUUGGUAAUGCUGCCAACCACUGGAAUUCGCCCUCAUUGAGAACCUCUAGCAACACAGGGGCCAUAGGCGAAGCCAGCAGCACCUACGAGGGAGCUGGACAACCACAACGACCGGGCUCAAUCAAGGAUAAGGCGACCACAGCUAUAAGGCAUAUCGAGCACUACGCUAACCUUCACGACUAUGUCUCUAGGGGCGGGAUCCUGCAUUUCCGCCCCGACCCCGAUCCUAAAGCAGUUGAUGCGCCAGGUCCAGUACAUUCAAAUCGGUUCGUCGGCCGGUCAUUCAAGUAUGAUGCGAGUGGCCAUCUGUUGAACCAGCAUUAUUUGAAUUAUUUCUUCCAUGUUGACUCAACUGAUCCGGCCACCGGCAAGGUCGUCGAGGACAAUGCUUACAUGAAUUCGCUGGUCGAUAUGACUGUUUUUGAGCGCUGGGACACGGUCCAAGUAUCUAAUAACGAAGACGCGAGAACGGAUGGAACGAGAGUCAAGGACCUGAGUCGUUUAUGGAGGUAUCGCAACGGAGACAGCCCAGACGAUAGCCAAAAAGGCCCCGAUGCUGGUCAGGUGCAAGCAGGAUAA